UAUAAAGAAGACAUGAAACGCUGGUUUGUGAACUGCUAGCUUUUUUACAGCAGAGAGAUGUGGAGAACCGAUUUAGGACCUCACUCGUGACAAAAAUUUUCCUUGGAGAAGUCUGUAAACUACCAGCAUGUUACAUUAGACAUGUUGAAGUGCUUUGGGACUUGAGUUGUGACACGUGUCACGUGGUUCAUUCUAGAACAUACUAUGGCGGGCACUAACGUCCCAUAAUAAGGACAAGAGAACUCACGGGCAGAACAGAGCCCUGGCUCACGGGGGAACCUACGAUCAUCGAUCACACAGCAUAAUCUUCGUGUGCAUUUCUCACUCCCACACUUCACAUGCGUUUAGCUGACGCUCCAUAUCUCCACAUUCUACAACAUUUACAAGUUAUAGUUAAUACUAAAAUAUUAAGCACACACUUAAAGAAUUGGCGAUUAUUCCUCACGGCACCUAAAUGGCAAGUGAUGUAACCCCCUCCAACACUAGCAAAACUCCAACCACAUUCUUAAACCAAGUUCACUUUAUAAAUAAAGCUGCAUAGCUCAAAACUCUGUGACACACACCAGACCAAGUGACAAUGAAAACCCUCCUGUUCUUGCUUCUCGGUCUUGUCACCUUCAUCAGCAAUGCUAACACUCUCCCAGACAGUCCUCAAUCUAAAUCUUCAAUUCCUCAAUUGACCCAACAGAAAAGGCCUGAUAAUGAAACCAUAUACAGGGUGUCAAAGCAACUAUGCUGGGGUUGCAUGGCGGAGUCAUUAGAGUUCUUGUUCAGGCACAACUUGGUGAGAGCAACCAAGUGGGAGCUUCCACUGAUGUGGGACUUCCAGCUGGAGCAGUACGCGAGGUGGUGGGCUAGUCAAAGGCAAGCAGAUUGUAAACUGGAACAUUCUUUCCCAGAAAAUGAUUUCAAGCUUGGAGAGAACAUUUUCUGGGGUAGUGGCUCGGCGUGGACACCGUCUGAUGCUGUGAGAGUGUGGGCUGAUGAAGAGAAGUACUACACCUAUGCCACCAAUUCCUGUGUACCGGGUCAGAUGUGUGGCCAUUACACUCAGAUAGUGUGGAAGAGCACCAGAAGAAUUGGAUGUGCCCGUGUUGUAUGCGACGAUGGAGAUGUCUUCAUGACUUGUAAUUAUGAUCCCGUCGGCAAUUAUGUUGGAGAGCGACCCUAUUAAAUUAUAUAAAGUAUGUGUGCAUGAUUAUGCAUGUAGCUAGAAUGAAAAAACAGUAUUAGAUUAUGUAAUUGCUGAACUGCUUGCUAUUGUGAAUGUGAAUUGAGUUUCUCGUAUAUACAUUUGCUGAG